CUUUCAUUCCUCUUCAGAAAGACAGCAGUGCUGCCUAUGACAUACCCCAAACUGGUGAAACUGCUGGACCCUAAUUUUUCCGACGAAGCGACUAAUCGAAGACAGCGGGAAGAAAAAACAUACAGACUCUUCCUGAAUUACUUGAAAGAGGUGUAAGGUAACUGUCGUUUCUUUUGUCUGGUCUGAGAAACAUCAUCGCUAGCUAGACAAAUGUAACUUUGCUUUACACCAAUCGAAAUUUCCACAGAGCGCGUAAAAAAGAAUUGGGAUUUAGAGCUUUAUGAGUGCACUGCUAUUUUUUGUGUUUUUCUCUUUUUAGCUGGAAGAAGGUUAGAUGGCAAUAUAUCUCUCCAUUGUAUUUUAAAGUUCGUCACUGGAUGCGAGAACGAGCCUGUUCUGGGUUUCCAAAUGAAGCCCACUAUUUGUUUUGAUACGAAUAUGCCAUCUUGCCUUCGUAUGGGCAACACUUGUAUUAGUAGGCUGACUUUGCCGAUAGGUGAGAAUGUAUCAAUGACCAAGGAAGAAGUGUUCUCUUUCUUUGACUACGCUUUCGCAAAUGAUUACUUUGGCCGUCUCCAAUUGAAACUACUGAUUUCUAAUUGA